AUGAAACCGCUGUCCGAGAAUUCGCUUCCAUACACUGAGAGCGACAAUUCGGCCCGAGAUACGCGUCACGGGCGUAACACCACUUCCUCUUCCAUCUCAUGUCAUUCGGAUCCUUUUGCAACUUCUGGAAUUGAGGUUGAGGAUGGUGUUCAGCUACGUGACUUCUCAUCUCCCGGUCCAGUCAUGUCUCGCUGCAUGAGCCCAGACCCAACCAGAUUUGUCGCUGAGCGCCCAUUACGGCUCAAUAAUGAGGACGCUGGCCUCGCUGUGCCAAAGAUCAAUGAGCCUUUAAGCGAUGACCAUGCCCAAUCCGAGUGGGAGACUGUCGCUGGAGAAGAUGCCUGUGAAAUCCAUGCCGGAUCUUCAACUCGACCGCUGAAACGUCGAGGUAACUUCAAUUUUGGGAACAAACAGCAAGCCCAGUCUCAGCCGAAUCAAAACCUCUGGGUACCGCAAACGCACAGCUUUGAGCUCGUCUCACCUGGAGACCCGUCCGUGCGAAAUGUGCCGAGAUCAGCUCCCCGUUUGCACUCGUUUCACUCCUCAUCCAGCUUCUACAGCGAAUCACCUCGCAACAAAGACCCAGACACUUGCGUCCCUUGCGAUCCCGAGGACUAUCCACAGAACAAUCAUAUGUACUCUCGUGCCUCAUCCGACAGUGAUGAGGACCCUUUCAAGUAUGACACAGAUGCAUACUCGGGCUUUCUACGUUCAUCGGCCGAGCGAGAAGUCAGUAAUGCGCUGCACCAAGCCGGCUUAGCCGUCUCCUCAAAUGAAACGCUCCCGCGAUCUACUGAUGGAAGCUUUCCCCUCGCUUCACAGAGAAAUGUCGAUGAAGAGGUCAAAGUUCCUGUUCAUCGGAAGGAAAAAGCGAUCCGCCGUGUCCCCGUCCCUGACAGACGACUACAAGGUGAAAUUGCUUCUCUUGCCAAGAACCGACCUCUCACCGGUACGGAGGGUGAUUGGCAGACUGUCACGACCGAGCAUGCCUUCGACUCGAUGCAGCAAGACUAUCACGACAGCAUUGCAAAGGGAACUGGAAGCAGUGUCGCUGAUGUAUCCGACGUGACGGAGCGUGAGCUUCAUCCUCGCUCUUACGGCUCAAGAGACAGAAUCAUUCGGCAUCCUCCUGGUAACAAUAAGUACGGCUCUUACCGUGUUCGCACCGACAGAGGAACGAAACUCCCCGUAUCUGUCCCGCAGUAUGGUGAAGGUCCUGGAACCUAUGCCUCAAAUACAACUCGCAACUUUUCCCAGGCCAAGUCACGAUUACCUGAAUCUGCAGCUCGUUUUUCCAAUCUGUUUCGCAGGGUGCCAUCUGAGCAGACGUCCGGCCAUGAGAACAUCCUCCUCUCAGACCUGCCUCCCAAGAGAGGCAGCUAUCAGAGCCUCGACUCGGACGCAGCUCCUCAUGGAAACGCUCAAACCGAUGAAACGAUUUUUCCAGACGGCGAAAAAUACUUUGGCUUCAGUUGGAAUAGAAUCCGAAAGAACCUCGGUCGUGAUCCCCCCAAAACCCCCCUGACUAUUUUUGACAAGCCACUGUACAAAAGACGGUUCCAGGAGUCCAACUCGGACAAGCCUGCCCACGUUCCUCAUGAUGAUUUUCUGUCCAAGAUUCCUCGUCUUCCGUUUCCUCUUGUCAGUCUUCCCGAGGCUGCAAUGCUACAGCAGUUCAAACGACAGAGAGGUGAAGAGGAUCACAGUCAGAGUGCAGACAAUUUUAAAGUCAGAGGAAGGUCGAACACGAUCAGCACUGCAAACUCUCCUCCUCUCCCAAAAACUCCUUCUCCUCCAAAGAGAAGCUUCUGGCCUUCGUCCACGAGUAGCGAUGUCACACGACCUGCCCGUAUUCUUCACCUUCAUCGACUGCCUCAGGCGCAUCGUCCACGUGAUUCAAAUGAUAGAGUCACUGAUAUGCUGGUCUCGUCCUCUGCUAUCCUCGAUACUCCCCCUCCUACCGACCCAAAGUCAAGCACUCAUCGUGUGUGGUAUCGAAACUUCCAGCCAAGCAUUUCAACUUGUCGCACUGGAGCACAUACUCCUGGGUUCUCCACCAGCGCCAAUAGUCGACGAGUCGGUCAUUGCCAGUCUGAGUUUGAUCCCCUCGCCGACAGCCCCUUCACUCAGAGGGAGGCUCGCUUCAUCGAAGAGGCCCGCGAGGAUAUUCGCAUCCAUCGCCAGCAUGCUGACAUGGUCGCCCAACGAGGAAAGCAAAUGUUCAUGUGGGUCAUGAUCCUCACUCUCUUCUUCCCUUUCAUCGGCCCUAUCGUGCUCUACGGCAAGCUCAACUCGACUAUAUCGUGGUACACCCAUGGAGAAAUGCAGUGCCUUACCAAGGACCAGCGCGGUACUCUCAAGCAGCAACUUCUCGUUGAGGCUGUUGUCUACCCCGCAAUCAUCAUCGCCCUUUCAGUGCACUACUCGAUUUGA